AUGCUUAACGAUUUCAGAUCUGAUCUGACUAAAGGACUUCGCUGCCUUCAGUGCAACCAACAAGAGCAGCAUCAUGAAGCUCAUGGUGUGUGUCCCAUAUUAUUAGUGCUUGUGCAAGUGUACUACGUGACAGUUAGGGAAAUAUUCUGGCUCGUGGCCGCCAGUCUGGUGGCUGUACUGGCUUUCGCUCAAGCCGAAGAAGCCAAAACAGCAGAAAAAGAAGUGGCAGUGACCGACAACAAGGCGGCAGCAGACGAUAAAAAACAUGAAAAACGUGGUCUUAUCGGGCUCGGUUACGGACACGGUGGAUUCGAAAGUGGAUACGGUGGUGGCUUUGGCGGAAGUUACGGGGGUGGCUUUGAUGGUGGUUUUGGGGGUUACGGUGGACAUGAAGAAGUUCACAAAACCAUCACGGUUGUAAAGAAUGUCCCAGUACCUUACCCAGUAGAAAAGCACAUCCCAUACCCCGUUGAGAAACAUGUACCUGUCCCUGUCAAGGUGCCAGUACCACAACCUUACCCUGUCGUCAAGCAUGUUCCGUACACCGUGAAGGAGCUUGUCAAAGUUCCAGUUCACGUCCCCCAACCCUACCCAGUUGAAAAGAAAGUUCCAUACCCAGUUCACGUACCCGUUGACAGGCCAGUCCCAGUGAAGGUUUAUGUGCCUCAUCCCUACCCCGUUGAAAAGGAGGUUCCAGUACCCGUAAAGGUACCAGUUCCAGCUCCAUACCCAGUAGAAAAGAAGGUCCCUUACCCCGUAAAGGUUCCAGUGCACGUACCCGCUCCUUACCCUGUAAUUAAGGAGGUGCCCUACCCGGUCAAGGUCCCAGUCGACAGGCCUUACCCAGUACACAUUCCCAAACCAGUACCUUACCCAGUAGAAAAGCCUGUACCUUACCCAGUAGAGAAACCCGUGCCCUACCCCGUCAAAGUACCAGUCGACCGUCCUGUACCAGUACAUGUCGAAAAGCCAGUGCCCUACCCCGUCAAAGUACAUGUGCCAGCACCCUACCCCGUCGAGAAGCACAUACCAGUGCCAGUUGAGAAACAUGUCCCAGUGCCCGUCAAAGUUCUCGUAGACAGGCCCUACCCCGUACACAUUGAAAGGCACGUUCCAGUGCAUGUGGAGAAACACGUUCCCUACCCCGUUAAGAUACCCGUUAUCGUCGGCCACGGUCACGAGUAUGGUCAUCAUGGAAGCUAUUAA